AUUUGCAUUCCCUCGUGAUUUUGUGAACCACAAUUUUACCACUCUCCUUUUCUGGUAUUCUGUUACUCGCUUUUCUAACUCCAUCACUGUGUAAUACUUCAACCAAAGUUUCAAAGAGGCCUCCUACUUCUAUUUUCAUCAAAUUAUUGUUCAUCCACAAUCAAAUUAAAAUUGUGUUCUCAAUUGAGACCUUGGCAAAAUCAUUACUAGUUGAAUCCAAUACCUAAUAUCGUAUAAAGGAGAUGCCUUUUGUUGCAGCUCCUCCAUUUGAUGAAUUUCGAGAAAAACUGUGUUCACAAUUGAGACCUUGGCAACGAUCCUUUCAGUUCUGGACUCGUACUGCUGAAAUCUACACUGGCUAUAAGGUGUUUCAAGUUAAAGUGAGUUUUGUGAAGGAUGUGAAAAAGCAAGAAGAAAUGUGGGAGAGGCAACAUGAGGUUGCUGCUGAUAAGAUUUACAACAUGUGCUAUGACCUUGGUGGGUUCUUUCUUAAGGUUGCUCAAAUUAUUGGGAAACCUGAUUUGGCCCCAGCUGCUUGGGUAAGGCGGCUGGUGACACUUUGUGAUCAAGCUCCCGCUACACCUUAUGAUGUUGUUCAACGUGUGCUAGAGAAAGAGUUAGGUAAAAGCAUUGGCGAAAUGUUUAAUAUGUUUGAUGAGCAUCCUCUUGGUUCUGCUUCCAUUGCACAGGUUCAUCGUGCAAAAUUGAAGGGUAACUCGAGCGAUGUCGUUGUUAAGGUCCAACAUCCUGGAGUUCAGGAAUUGAUGAUGACUGAUAUUCGUAAUUUGCAAGCUUUUGCUCUAUACAUGCAAAAGACAGAUAUCAAAUUUGAUCUCUAUUCUGUGACAAAGGAAAUGGAGAAACAGAUUGCAUUUGAAUUUGACUUUACGAGAGAGGCAAACGCGAUGGAUAGGAUCAGGCAAUUCCUGUAUGAGAAUAACAAGAAGAGUCCUGUCUUGGUACCACGAGUUAUGAAGGACAUAGUGAGUAGGAGGGUAUUGGUGAUGGACUACAUUGACGGGAUCCCAAUCUUGAAACUCGGUGAUGAAAUGACCAAAAGAGGCUUCAACCCUACUGGCAGGGUGGCGGUUGCAGCAAAGCAGAAUAUCCUCAAAAGUUUGGCUUUAGCAUACGGGCAGAUGAUAUUGAAGAGUGGCUUCUUCCAUGCAGAUCCUCAUCCAGGAAAUAUUCUCAUCUGUAAAGGUUCCGAGGUUGCAUUGCUGGACUAUGGGCAAGUGAAAGAUCUCCCAGAGAACCUGAGGCUUGGAUAUGCAAAUCUAGUUCUUGCUAUGGCUGAUAAUGAUCCUAUAAGAGCAAUUGAAAGCUAUAGGGAGCUUGGUAUCGGCACCUUGAGUAAGUGUGAGAAUGAACAAGAUGAGAUGCUAAAGUUAGCACAGACUAUGUUCGACACAAAGCUGCCUCCUGGAGUAACAAUGCUGCAACCUUUCUCCGAAGGAUCCUCUAUUAAAAAGAUUUCUGUAGAGGCUUUUCCUGAAGAAUUGUUCUCUGUUCUUCGAACUGUGCACCUUUUAAGAGGGCUAAGUGUUGGGAUGGGCAUGAACUUUUCCUGUGCUGAAGAAUGGCGACCUAUUGCAGAGGAAGCUUUAUAUCGCGCUGGUAGACUUGAAGCUAAAGAUAUCAAGGAGAAAACACAAAGACACGGCUGGUUCAGAAGGACAUUCCGCAGGCGAUAGUUGAAAGUGAUAGCCGGGCUAGAACACCGCCUCGUGAUCUCUUUUUUCAUGUUAAUCCCCUUACUGUCUUGUAAACAUUCUUCAUUGGGUUAUUACAGAGAAAGGAAGAGAGACUGCAAAGCGGCUCAUUUUGAAUACUUUUAGUACUUCUUUUUAAAAAUGCUACAGGGAUCAAAUUAUCCUUGUUCAAAUCAUUUUUGUAAUUGUACAAGACAAGUAUUAGGUCCAAUCGAUAUUCGAUAGUAUGUACUCCUAAUUAAUUUAAUUUACUUUUAAAUGUCUUAUUCCCAAUAUGGUUAUUUUUUCCA